AUGGAGAGACAGAAGAGAAAACAAGAAAUAGAGAAAGGACUUCAGUUCAUUCAGUCCACAUUACCCCUAAGCCAAGAAGAUUAUGAGGCCUUUUUGCAGAAGUUGGUGAGAAAUCUGUUUGCAGAGGGCAAUGAUUUGUUUCGAGAGAAGGAUUUCAAGCUUUCGCUGGUACAGUAUGUAGAAGGGCUGAACGUGGCAGAUUAUGCAGCCUCCGACGAGGUGACCAUCCCAAAGGAACUCCUGUGCAAGCUGCAUGUCAACCGAGCUGCCUGCUACUUCGCCAUGGGGUUGUAUGAGAAGGCACUGGAAGACAGUGAGAAGGCUUUAAGUCUUGACAAGGAGAACAUCCGAGCGCUCUCAUCCUUAAAUGAACUUGGAAGGCACAAAGAAGCAUACGAGUGCAAUAGCCGAUGCUUGCUGUCCCUCCCACAUGAUGAAAGCGUCACACAGCUGGGACAGGAGCUUGCCCAGAAGCUGGGACUGAGGGUUCGAAAAGCAUACAAAAGACCUCAGGUAUGACUUCUUUUUUCUUAGAGGCUGUCCUUUGGCACGUCUCUCAAUUUGUCAAACCAGACUGCUUCCAAUGGAUUGGGUUCGAUAGAUGACAUCGAAACAGACUGCUCUAUGGACCUGCAGUGCCUCCCAGCUCCUGUGGCCACCUCCAUCCCUGUGAGCGAGAGGUUGGCCCCUUUGCCCUCUGACUCAGAUGCAAAGGGCUUGCCUACCUCGCUCCCUGCUGCCAGCUUGCUCCCGUCUCCAGACUGUGUGUCCCUGCCAGUGCCUGAGAGCGCAGAGGACUUCACAGAUGGGGACAUCAUUGGAGAAGAACUGGACUCCCUCCUGGACUCCCUUGCUGAAGGGUCACCAUACCCUCUAUCUCUGGUCCAGGGCACCAUUCCUACCAACCUGCCAACGGAGAUGCCCCAGCUGAUCCCUGUGUUUCCGGGGGGAACUCCGCUGCUGCCCCCAGUUGUGACAGCCAGCAUCCCUGUCUCCACCCCGUUGCCACCUGCCUCCUUCGGCCUGGUGAUGGAUCCCACCAAGCAGCUCUCCUCCUCCUCUGUCCUGGAUGCCUUUGAGGCCCCACCAGGAGGAAGUGGCGGCUCCACCUUAGAUUCACUGGAUUCCCUGGAUCUGCUCCCCUACACAGACUCACGGCUUGAUGCCCUGGACUCCUUUGGGACAAGCAGAGGGUCACUGGAUGCCUUGGAUUCGUUUGCCAUUGAAACUAGCCCUCAGGAACUGCGACACCCACCUGGCAGCCAAAAACCAUCCCCCGUGGUCAGCCUUGGUGGAGUGAGUCACCCAGCUGUGCCCAAGGUCUCUGAGCACCUGCUGUCGCAGCCGGAACCAGUAAUACCCAACACAGCCCUGCUGGUGAAGAACCCCCUAGCAUCUACUCAUGUCUUCAAACAAGCCUGUCAUAUCUGCUACCCGAAAACAGGGCCCAAGGCUGGUGAUUACACCUAUCGGGAGGGCUUGGAGCACAAGUGCAAGCGGGACAUCCUGCUGGGCAGGCUGAAGAGCUCGGAAGACAAGACCUGGAAGAGGAUCCGUCCUCGCCCAACCAAAACCAACUUUGUAGGAUCCUAUUACCUGUGCAAAGAUAUGCUUAACAAGCAGGACUGUAAGUACGGGGAUAACUGCACCUUCGCGUACCACCAGGAAGAGAUCGACGUGUGGACGGAGGAGAGGAAGGGGACCCUCAACCGUGACCUCCUCUUUGACCCGCUAGGUGGGAUCAAGCAGAGCAGCCUCACCAUUGCCAAGCUCCUUAAGGAACAUCAGGGCAUCUUCACCUUCCUCUGUGAGAUUUGCUUUGACAGCAAACCCAGGAUUAUCAGCAAAGGGACCAAGGACACACCAUCUGUCUGCUCCAACCUUUCUGCCAAACACAGUUUCCAUGACAACAAGUGUCUGGUCCACAUCGUGCGUUCCACCUCCCUGAAAUACUCCAAGAUCCGCCAAUUCCAGGAGCACUUCCAGUUCGACGUGUGCCGACACGAGGUGCGUUACGGCUGCCUGCGCGAGGACAGCUGCCACUUCGCUCAUAGUUUCAUCGAGCUCAAGGUCUGGCUGCUGCAGCAGUAUUCAGGAAUGACUCACGAAGAUAUUGUGCAGGAAUCGAAGAAGUACUGGCAGCAGAUGGAGGCACAUGCCAGCAAACCAGCCAACAGCAUGGCUUCUCCCCGGGCUCCCACAUCAAGCACCUUUGACCUCCAGAUGAAAUUUGUGUGUGGCCAGUGCUGGAGGAACGGGCAGCUGGUGGAGCCAGAUAAAGACCUCAAGUACUGUAGUGCCAAAGCCCGCCACUGUUGGACGAAGGAACGUCGCGUCCUGCUGGUGAUGUCCAAAGCAAAGAAGAAGUGGGUGUCUGUCCGACCGCUGCCUUCCAUCCGCAACUUCCCACAGCAAUAUGAUUUGUGUAUCCACGCGCAAAAUGGCAGGAAAUGCCAGUAUGUGGGCAACUGCUCCUUCGCCCACAGCCCUGAGGAGAGAGACAUGUGGACCUUCAUGAAGGAAAAUAAAAUACUAGAUAUGCAGCAGACCUAUGAUAUGUGGCUAAAGAAACAUAAUCCUGGGAAGCCUGGAGAAGGGACACCGCUCACCUCACGAGAAGGGGAGAAACAGAUCCAGAUGCCCACCGACUAUGCUGACAUCAUGAUGGGCUACCACUGCUGGCUCUGUGGGAAGAACAGCAACAGCAAGAAGCAAUGGCAGCAGCACAUCCAGUCGGAGAAGCACAAGGAGAAGGUCUUCACCUCAGACAGUGACUCCAGCUGCUGGAGCUACCGCUUCCCCAUGGGCGAGUUCCGGCUCUGUGAAAGGUUCCAGAAGAGCAAGGCCUGCCCUGAAGGAGAGGAGUGUCGCUAUGCCCACGGCCAGGACGAGCUGACGGAGUGGCUAGACCGGAGGGAGGUGCUGAAACAGAAACUGGCCAAAGCCCGCAAGGACAUGCUGCUCUGCCCCAGGGAUGAUGACUUCGGGAAAUACAACUUCCUAUUGCGGGAUGGCGUAUAG